CCUCAGGGAGGGGUCCCAAUAUAGAGAUAUAAACACAACAGAUGGGUUCAUCUUCUUUAAAGAGUAUCAGAUUACUUUCAUAUCAGCAAGGGGUCUUGGACCUUUGAGGCCAUUGCAACUCCAUAAGGGAUUUCUUUCUAUCUCCUGGUUUGGUACUUUGAAAUUUGCAAUGGGUACCCUAAUAGCAAGAGCAUUUGGGUCUCUUAUGUCUGUUAUAGCUCACUGUUUCUUUGGGUACCGAGACAGCAAAAAGGGCACAAGCAACAUCCAUCACCACAAGAAGCCUAAGGGCCAACCACUUUCUUUACAGACUGUGGAUCUCAAAGUCAGGAUGUGCUGCAUUGGCUGCGAGAGAGUAGUCAAAAGAGCCCUUUACAAGCUUCGAGGUGUAAAUUCGGUGGAAGUUGACCUGAAGUUGGAAAAAGUAACCGUAAUCGGGCACGUUGAUCGUUACAAGGUGUUGAAACAGGUGAGGAGGUCGGGAAAAAGGGCCGAGUUCUGGCCCUAUCCCGACGUGCCGUUGUACUUCACCUCGAUGGGCGACUACUUCAGGGACACGAGGAACGAGUUCAAAGAGAGUUACAAUUACUACAAACACGGGUACAAUCUAGGUCAUCGGCACGGGAAUAUUCCGGUAACACAACGAGGCGAUGACAACGUCAGCAACAUGUUCAACGAUGAUAAUGUCAAUGCCAUCUGCUGCCUCAUGUAGGAACUUGAAGCCAGAAGGACUUAGUAAUCAUCCAUUUCGAUAAAUGUAGAUAUUAUUUGCAUUCAUGUAAUACUAUAUGCGCUGUAUAUAAAUCUUAGGUUAAUGUACAUUAGAAGUACUUGUAUUAUACUUAAAACUCCAUUUUAGUCACUCUACUAUGGAAAGAAAUAUUUUGUCUA